AUGGGGGAAACGGCAAAAGAUGGCGAUGAAAAGAAGCAAUCGGUGAAUGAAAAGAAAGAGAAAGUCAAAGAAAUCAAAGAGGAAACGAAAGAAAAGGAAAAGGAGAAGGGAAAAGAUGUGAAUGGGGAAAAAAUGAUGGAAGAAUUUGUGAAAACAUUUCUUACACAAAUGGAUCCAUCAAAAAGAAAUGAAUUCUUCGGAAUGAUGAAAAAAAUCGCGGCUGAUGGAAGCGAUAUGGGGAAAAGUGAUGACGCUUCUGACUCAAAUAAAGAGAAAAUUGAUCUCAAAACAACUGAAAAAGAACAGGAAGAAAAACCGAGCACAAGUUCCAUGAAAACAGAAGAAAAAGAGAUUGCGACAAAAGCUGAAAUGAUCGUGGCUGAAGCACCGAUGAAAGUGACAAUGGAGGAACCGCAGGUGAUCAAUGUAAUCGAUACAGAGAGCUCAUCUAAACCAACGACAUCGAAAGAUGGAGAGGCACUCAAGACUCGAAAAGCAUCGAAUUCGAUUAUCGGAAUUGCCCAACCACCACAAUCAGCAAAAACAUUAAGUAACACAAUGAGAUCAAGUCCAUCAUCAGUACAAGCUCCAUCCACUUCUCUAAACAUGCCAAUGGGACCGGGAACGAUGGCAAUGUUGCCGAAUGGUCAAAUGAUGUUUGUCCCGUCAUCAGCUCUCCCAAUUGGAGGAUAUUCAGCAGCUCAAACUUUUGUCUCUGGAACUGUGCCACCACAAGGACUAAGUCCAUCAAUUAAGCUUGGCCCUCAAGUUGUCCCUUCGCCAACAAAAGCCGGUUCAGCGCAGACAGUUCCCAUUCAACGAGUCGAACACAAAGUACCCGCUUUACAAAUGGUUCCGCCAAUUCUUCCGCCAACCUCAGCCGCUCAAUCAGCUCAACACGCGGAAAUGUUAAGAAGACAACAAUUCUUUCAACAACAACAACAAUUACAAGGAAUUGGAGGUUUUAUUGGACAAUCGAGGGGAAAUAUUGUUGCGUCCACUUCAAAUCCAGCAAUGAUUCCACCAGAAACCAAAGCGAAACUGGAACAAAAUUUGAAAGAACAACAAGAUAUGAUCAUGGCGCGGAUCAAAGAUAUGUAUGGCGGAAAACCGACUCAAAAACAAAUACAAGAUCAUCUCGGAGGACCAUUAUUAAGCAUUGAACAAAAUGGACACAUCUUUCAGUUACCCAAUCCAUUUUACAAAGGGAAUCAAGGAGUCAAAGCGCCGACACCCAAACAAAAUGAACAGCAACCCCGUCCCCCUGCAUCGGUAUCAAAUCAAAUGAGUGGAUUGGCGACAGCGACGGCAUUUCCACAAAUGGUUCAACCAAUGAAUCUCGCGCAAUCAAUCGGCUCACAUUUGAGUGGAACAAAUGGAGGAGCGUUGAAUGCACAUCAUCUCACACAAAUGCCACAAAUGAUCGCACAAAUGUCAUUCCCAGGGAUCAUCCCAACAUCUCAAUCACUGAAUGGAGUCAAUUCGAUGGCAAUUUCUUCCCAUCAAUUAGCUGCACCCAAUCCAACUAUGUUGCAGUAUCCAAUGAUGACUCCUCAACAAAUGCAAUAUUUGUUGGCUCAACAACAACAACAUAUUGAUCGAAAUCAACCAAAAAGUGAACGACCCUUAUUGACAACAUCGGCCGAGAUUUCACACAAUGGGGCUCCACCAACUCCUCAAUACAUAAUGAUCGAUCCUUUAUCGUCAAAUUUAUCGAGUGAAAUCCUUCCCUCUCCAUUCACUUUUGCUUCUCUUGCUUUACCCACAAAAUUACAUGAUGAUUGUCAAUGUUUUCUUCAAUCAACUGUCUAUCAACCACCUGAUCAAAAUGCC